UUACAGCAGAUUCAGUCGCAGUUCUUCAGUCAGACUCUCUCUCUUUCAGUCUGUGUAACUCUCCCUCUCUCUCUUUCUCUCGGACUGAGUUUGUUUACUCGGGCUCGCGGAUAUGCCUCUGACAGCGUGAUAAGCGCGCGGACAAACACACGGCAGAGAUUAUCCCGGAGCUUUAGUGUGUGUGGAGUGUGUUGAGGGGUGAGAGAGUGUGCGGGGGGUGAGGGAGUGAUCGGAUCUUCAGGAUGAAGUUCGCUGAGCACCUUUCAGCCCACAUCACCCCCGAGUGGAGGAAACAGUACAUCCAGUAUGAGGCGUUUAAGGAGAUGCUGUACGCAGCCCAGGACCAGGCGCCCUCCAUAGAAGUGACGGACGAGGACACGGUAAAGAGGUAUUACGCCAAAUUCGAGGAGAAGUUCUUUCAGACGUGUGAGAAGGAGCUGUCCAAAAUCAACACCUUCUACUCAGAAAAGUUAGCUGAGGCUCAGAGGCGCUUUGCGACGCUGCAGAAUGAGCUGCAGUCGUCGCUGGACGCUCAGAGGGAGAGUAACGCCCCGGGACUGAGGAACCGGCGGAAGACGGUGUUCCCCCUGACCCACGAGGAACGCAACAAACACCGGAACAUCAAAGACCUGAAACUGGCCUUCAGCGAGUUCUACCUCAGCCUCAUCCUCCUGCAGAACUACCAGAAUCUGAACUUUACCGGUUUCCGGAAGAUUCUGAAGAAGCAUGAUAAGAUCCUGGAGACAUCGCGUGGUGCAGACUGGAGGGUGGCGCAUGUGGAGGUGGCUCCAUUCUACACCUGCAAGAAGAUCACCCAGCUCAUCUCAGAGACCGAGACGCUGGUGACAACAGAACUGGAGGGAGGCGAUCGGCAGCGAGCGAUGAAGAGGCUGCGGGUACCACCUUUAGGAGCGGCACAGCCUGCUCCAGCGUGGACAACGUUCCGAGUUGGGCUGUACUGCGGAGUCUUCAUCGUGCUGGUCGUCUCCUUCAUCCUCACUGGUGCUGUUUUCUACCAUGAUAAGAACAUCUGGCCGAUGGUGCGGAUGUACCGUGGCAGCUUCCUGCUGAUCCAGUUCCUCUUCCUGCUGGGUAUUAACACAUACGGCUGGAGGCAGGCCGGCGUCAACCACGUCCUCAUAUUCGAACUGAACCCCCGCAACAACCUGUCCCACCAACACCUGUUCGAGAUUGCUGGAUUUCUGGGGGUUCUCUGGUGUAUCAGUAUACUGUCAUGUCUGUACGCUGAUGCCACAGGGCUGCCCAUGCAGGCUAACCCACUGAUCCUGUACGGCCUCAUGCUGCUGUUCCUCAUUAACCCCUUCAAAACCGCGUACUACAAAUCCCGCUUCUGGCUCCUCAAACUGCUGUUUCGUGUUUUCACGGCUCCGUUCCACCGAGUGGAGUUUGCAGAUUUCUGGCUGGCGGAUCAGCUGAACUCGCUGGUGAUUGUUCUGAUGGAUCUGGAGUAUCUGGUGUGCUACUACAGUAUGGAGCUGCAGUGGACCGAAGUGGAUGGACUGCUGCCCCACAGCCAAGGUGAUGGGAAGUGCCACACGUACUCGUACGGGCUGCGGGCCAUCAUCCAGUGUUUACCUGCCUGGCUGCGGUUCGUGCAGUGUCUCAGGCGCUACCGAGAUACCAAGCGAGCCUUUCCUCACCUGGUGAAUGCUGGGAAAUACUCCACCACCUUCUUUGUGGUAGCGUUUGCAGCUCUCUACAGCACUCACAAAGAUCAGGAUGAUGUUGAUGCAGAGGCGUUCUUCUACCUGCUGAUCCUGUUCUCCACCAUCAGCUCUCUCUACACCCUCAUCUGGGACCUGAAGAUGGACUGGGGUUUAUUUGACCGGAACGCAGGAGAACACACCUUCCUCCGCGAGGAGAUCGUCUACCCACAGAAAGCAUAUUAUUACUGCGCGAUCGUGGAGGACGUGAUCCUGCGCUUCGCCUGGACGCUGCAGAUCUCUCUCACCACCAUGACCAACAUCCCCUCCAUCGCUGACAUACUGGCCACUGUCCUCGCUCCAAUGGAGGUCUUCAGGCGGUUUGUGUGGAACUUCUUCCGUCUGGAGAACGAGCACCUGAAUAACUGUGGUGAGUUCCGUGCGGUGAGAGAUAUCUCAGUGGCGCCACUGAAUGCAGAUGACCAGACAGUGCUGGAGCAGAUGAUGGACCAGGAAGACGGAGUUAAACACCGACAGGGCAAGAAGAGCUGGAAGAGAAGCUACAGCCUGUCCCUGCGCCGCCCACUGCUGUCCUCACAGUCUAAGAAGGACACCAAGGUGCUGAUUGAGGACACAGACGACGAAGCUUUCAGUUAAAGAAACAGAUCAAUUAAGCAUGCUAACGUGGCUAAUGCUCAGAAUGUAAGGUAGCAGGUAUCAGUUAGCAUGAUGUUGUUAGCAUCAUACUAACUGCUGCCCAUUCACUUUCUUUCACCUACAUUUAGCAGCGUUAGCAUUUCUUACUGAACUGUUCCUUUAAACCCAGAACAAACGACCCACCUUCCAUCCGCAUCCUCACAGAGCUGCCUCAGCAUCACACCCAACCCCAUACACACACACACACACACACACAGACACACACACAGUCCCACACUCUUAUUCAAAAAUUAGUCACUCAUACAGAACAAUGAAGGAGCACAAUCAGCACUAAGACAUAUCAAUACUGAGGCAAACACUGCACACUAACACACACACACACACACACACACGUAUACACAAACAUGUACGCACACAUACAGUACUUACAGAUAUUUUUUAUUUUAUUAACUUUUUAGAAUUUUUUUAUUUAACUUUUUGGUUUGUAUAUUGGUUUAUAGCUGUUUUAUAAAGGAUUUAUUAACACAUAAAUAUAACAAUAUGACUGUUUACAAACACAUAAUAACCAAACUCUACAGGGAAAAGCGUCUUUAUGUCAAAACAUCGAAAGACUAACCACUGAAUAAAGCCUGGACCUCAGCACUGGACUAUUCAACAGCUAGCACACAGCAGCUUCACGUCGCGCCACGCUGCAUUUUUACUUGAAUUCUUUUUUUUUUUUUUAUAAUUUCUCCUGACUGGGUUUGAUAUACAGCCCUCCGUGCACUUGCAGGGAAAGUGCGAUGGUCUAUAAACAGCCCUAAAUGUGUGGGAUGGAAUCUGCAUCACAUCAUCACUGUCGGAAUUAAACCAUGUAUCUCCAAAAAAGCAGCUUCACAAGAGAAUGAUUUUUUUUGGAGCAUUUUUAUUGCUCCAAGAAUAUUAAAUGCUCUUAAAAUCCAUUAAAUAUAAUAAAAAACAAAAUUACAAAAAUUGAGAUACACAUUUUUUUCCAUCAGUGAUGAUUGUUUUGCAAAGCUGCUUUUAUUUCCGAUUGCACAUUAUUUUAAUAGCUUAUUAUUGUGUUAUUACUUUGUUUAUUAUGUUAUGUAUGACUGGAGAGAAUGUGUCUUAUUGUGUUUUUUGUUGUAGCAUCUGAGAUUAAUUUAAUUUUUUUAUUUUAAUCAAACACUUCACUCUGCUCUCUUGGUGGAUGCAGAAGUUCUCAUAACCUUCACUGGAAAAUAGUGCUGCUUUUAGUUUAUAUUUAGGUUGUACUUAAAUAAGAUAUUACAACACAAUAAUUAACACAAACACAGGAAUUGUGUUGACGUACCAUAUUUUAUUUGUGUUUUUUUUUUUUUUCAGUAAACAUUACAGGCCAAACAUUUGGAAGCAUCCAGAUAUAGGCACUGAUGUGUCCUCCAUAAUGGUAUAUAUUUUUUAAUCACUUUGGAUUACAUCUGUUGGUCCAUUUAUCAUAUUUGAUGUCAGAUUCAUGUUACGUCAAAAAUUGUAAAACAUAAAAAACUUAUUUAUUUUUGAGAUUUAUGAGUAGAGAGGGCAGGCAGGGUCAGUAACAAAAUUGCAGCAAAUAUAAACAACAUACAAAACAGGGGCAUACACUGUAAAUCCAGCAAGGAGAUUCAAAAAUACAAAAAUAGUUGGCAACGAAAUAAACAAUAGAAAGGUCAAGGCAAAAAAAAUGAGAGUUGGAAACAAAAACUAGGUUAGUAACAAAGGCAAUAAACAAAGUAAACUUGUUGUAGAAGAGCUAGAAAACAAUAUUCAGUGCUCUGCAGGGAACAGAGCAAACUGAGGGGUAUUUAUACUAGACAGGCCAGGUAGAAACAAUCAGUAACUGGGGGAGCGGGAACGUCGUAGCGUGCUCAACAGAGUCAGGGAAGUCCGGUGUGAUUGCGUGCUGGGAAUUGGAGACUUUGAGUAGUUCAGAGUCCAGAGCAGGCAGACUGACAGCGUCAGUACUGACACUGACACUGACAGAGGGCUGUGGCAUCACUGGGAAGUGAAUUGGCAACCUCCUGAUUACAUGAACAUUGGUAUUAACUAAUUAAGACAUUUAGUCCAACCCUUUUGUAAUAUGCCAAUGAAGACUGGCAGUUAUUUUAUUAACAGCACAAGUUUUACAUUUUAAAUUAGUGUUGCUUCCAGAUGUUUGGCCUGUAGUGUCUUCAGCAGUGUUUUCAGCUGCUUUUUGUUGCCGUAUUCAGCUGCACUUUAUGUCCACCGUGAGAAAGGCAGUGAUGUGUGAAGUUUCUUUUUAAUUUAUUUAGUGCCAACAGCUGGAGCAGCAGAUUUAAACAGCUUUUGAAGUGAUGUUCUGGCCACAAGACUGUUUUCCAUCUUUGCAAUGCACCAAACCAUCAUCAGAGCCUGGUUGGUUAUUCCUAUUUGGAGAAGAAUGGACUGGAAUUGUGUGGAAUAUUCCGACAGCAGCAAAUCAGAGUGGUGUUUGGCUUCAACUUCUGCACUUCAGACUCCACAUAGGGCUAAUAACCACUCUGCCACAGGAGGUUAACCUAAGUCUGUGCUUAACUGUAAUGUUUAUAGGUACUGCAGUUGUGUACUAUUGUUUUUGUUUUGUUUUGUUUUUUUGUUUUUAUGAAAGAAAGAAAUUACAUCAACUAACCUGCUGUAGGUAUUGAACAAAACACUAUUUCAUUUUGUCAAGUGAUAUUUUGGCCAAAAUGUAUAUUUACAUAUAAAAAUAAAAAAUGUAAGUUAGCUAGCUCGCUAGGUUACUCCACCAGACCUGUGUGUUGUGUAGUUUAGCACUGGAGCUAGCAGCUUCAUAUAGGAAACAUAUAGUUUGGCUAUUAGCAAUGUGCUAACUGCAUGUCUAAAUCAUCUCACACUCCUCAAACCAUGUUGAGGUGUUUAGUAAUUUGUGUUAAGCAAGAUUUUUUUAACAAGGUUUUUUAACCAUGUUUUACUGUGUUUUAUAACACAUAACAUGAAGUAGUGCUAGCUAAUAUACUUGCAGUACUUCUUUGCUAGCUUAGCUAACUAGCUUAACUACCUAGGCUACCUACAUUAGCCUCAUAGCUCCAGUGCUAAAACCUAAAGAAAAAAGCUAAAGAAUUAUAAAACAUGCCUAGUUUCUACAGGAAAAUGUGAUAGGAAGGAAAUGUGUAGGUGAACUACUGGGUUAGAUUAGAUUUAGCUGAACUACUGCUUUAGGGAAAACGGGAAGAAUUUCUGUGAGGAGAAAAGGGAAUGGUGGUUUGAACAUUAGCAUUUAGCCUGUCAAAGCUAAGCUGUCUUUAGAGCCAGUGUUUUUGGGAAAGCUUGAUAAUAAUAGGCACUUUUUUGGGGGGAUUUACUGGUUCAUAUGGACACACACAUUUACACACACUCAUACACUCAAACACACACACAAUUAGCACUUUUGGGCAGUGUUAGCUGCUGCAUUCCUCUGCUGUGGUUUUCAGGUGUUGUUUUAGCUCUGAAGGAGAGAGCACCGGUCACUGAGGACUGUUUACCAGUGCUGUCAUAUUUAUCAGAUUCUACUCUUGUCAUAAUUCUGUAUUUAUUGUCUAGGCGGCAAAAUAUACCUAAUAAGCUUUGUGCAGCUGAUGCUUUUUAUCUUCUGUUGAUUUUCCUUUCUCCUGCUGUUGGUAGACAUUUGCGAGCACAAUCUGUCGCCUUACUACUGACUUUAUUCUCAUUUCAGUUCUUUUAAGCACUUGGCUAGCAAACAUUUACUUCACAUUGAGUUCACAUCUCUCUCUUUAUAUAGAAAUUAAUACUUUCGUUAUUACUCUUUACAUGACAUGCAAUAAAUUAUAUCUUAGCAAGUGGAAUAGUCAUGGUAUCCAGCUAAUAUUUGACAUUAUGAAUAUUUGUUUGAGGCAGAGUUACGAGGAUGGGUUAUAGUCAUGAUAAGCAGCAGUUAUCCCAUAACAUAAUUGCUUUAUAUUGUGGAAACUCUUAUCCACUUUUAUCCUCUACAAAUCAAUGUAAAACCAAAAAAUUGAUCGCCAAAGCCUAAGGUUAUGGUGGCCAUUUUUGCAAAGACACCAGGCAGUUUUAAACAUUUAAACAGUUAAUCGGAUCACUGUUAAAAACCUACAAAAUUAAAUUUGUAGAAUUUGGCUCAAUCAAGCACAAAAAGGUGCCUCUGCUCUACUCAAGCGUAAGCAGAUUAUUGGGAAUUUAUUCAUAAACACAUACAUUCACAUUUUUGUGGUGUGCAAGCAUAGUAUUAACUAAACAUGUCUUAAACAUCAUCAUAAUAAAAUUUCAUAAUGACAAAUAUUAGAUAUUUUACCUAUACUCAGUUUACCUCUGCUAGAAGAGACAUCAGUCAUUUUACAAUAUCCUAAAUACAGUGCCUUGCAGAAGUAUUCAAAAAUGAUCAGAAUGAUCUGUAUUACAAAUAAAUAUUUGAUCCAUAUUUUUCCUGAUUGUAUUUUUUUAUCAUAAUUUGUUUUACUCAGUCCUCAGAAUAUGAUGAAUACUUUUGCACGGUACUGUAUAUUUGUGUUCAAAUUUUUACAUACAUUUUUUGUGCCUGUUUUUUUUUGGGUGGAUCAAACAGCAUUCUUUAAAAAAUAUUGAAACAGAAAUAUUCCAAGAUAUGUGAAAAUAAUGUUAAAAAAGACGUUUGUGUACGUGAGGUGGGUUAGACCGAAGAAACGCUCACUGUCCUCAUUCUGAGCUGUGCUGUUAGCGUCUUGUGCCGUUGCUCAUUUUGUUCUUCGUACAAAUCCCACAGUACAAAUGUGUACUAAAUAUUUACACUGCGUAAAUCCUGCUGUAAAUUUAUUUUAAACUAGAAAAGUAAGCUAAACUUGCUUUCUAAUCGAUCAGAUAUUGUCUGUUGAGUCUUUUGGCACAUUAAUGGAUGGCAGGAUGCAGAUUAUUGUUGCAUUAGUUUAGCAUUCGAAGCUUGACAAACUCUACUUUUGAAGGCCGUUGGAUAAAAAAAUGAUUAAAGAUAAGCAGAUUUCGCAUUUUAAUCUGCGACAAAGUUUCAAUUUCAAGCACUUUGGAGCUCAGUAAAUACUACUGUUUUACACAUACAUACACACACAUGCACAAACAUUUAAAUUUUAUAUUUACAUAAAAAAGUGGAAAAAUACAAAAUAAACGUUUAGUUACACAUAAUACAUUAUAAGUAUGUGUGGCUCCUCAGUGACGCCCCACUGAUUGUGUUAUUUUGUAUUAGUAAUGACUACAAAUAAUGAAUACUUUCUAUAAUUAAUUCAAUAAUUUGAUCAGACAGAAAAAAACAGUAACAAUGAGAAAGAAGAAUAAAUCUUUAACCCACUAAAUUAAAAUUAAAAUGCUGUUUUUCCAAUAUUAUGAUAUUGAAUAUAUUGAAUUGAAUACUGAUUUGGCACAGAAUAAAAAAAACAUUAUUGACCAUGUGGUCCUUUAACAGUGGCAACUUUCAGUAAAUUUAUUGGUAUUAAAAUAAAUAUUUUGCCACACACAGUUAAAUUCCCCCCCAAAAAAAUUAUUUAUUUAUUUAUUUAUUAUUUUAAAAAGUUUAUGCAUGAAAGUAAUGCUUUACCAAUUGUAUUAUUUUAUAUUAUUUUAUAUAAAACAAAAAAAUAAUGAAUACUUAAUUCAUUUUUCUUCAGAUUUUCUACUAUUUAUUGGGAAGAUGGAUUUGUUACCCAUUACAAUAUUAGUGUAAAAAAAAUAAUUAACACAUUAAAAAAAUAUAUAUAUGGUCAAAACUUUCCUCCAAUAAAAUUAAUUAAAUAGAAAUUAAUAAAAACAACAGCAAACAUCAAAAGACACCUGCUGGGCUAAAUGUCCAUUGGUUGUUCACAUAUUGGCAGCUUUAAAAUGUUGAAAAUAUUUAAUAAUAUUUUGUGCACGCACACACACACACACACACACACACACACAUAUAUAUAUAUAUAUAUAUAUAUAUAUAUAUAUAUAUAUAUAUAUAUAUAUAUAUAUAUAUAUACAUACACUCACACACACUUCUCUGAGCCCCUGCUUUGUGUUCCUCUCUCUGAUUGGAGUUGACCUUUGAUCCCAGGCCCAUUUGGGCUGUGAGCACAAGCCCGCUAUGUUGCGUCUCCACUGGUCCCGCCUGCAUGCUUCUUUGAUGUUUAACUGUAAAUACUUUAAUUUAUUUUUCAUCUGGUGUAAAGGAAUGAAGCUUAAUUUAUUGUACUAAUUAUUAUUAUUUAAGUCCAUGUUGGGGGGGGUACUUUUAUUUUGCUUUAGAUGAGCAGUAUUAAAGAUAAAUGGGUCGGAUUUGGUGGGUCACUCUCCUGCACUCUAUCUCUGUGUUCUGUAGUUGAGCUGUUUAUCAGAAUAAGACGAUGAUGUUGUGACUGUGGAACGUGUUUCUGAUCACCUGUGACUUUUUCAUCGUCAUUAGCCACGCCCACUCCAACACCUGACGUAUUGAUAUAUACACCCCAGUAUCUCAUAAAAGAGUUAAAUUUUAAAUCAUAUUUUCAUUAUCAGAGUGUUGAAAUCAAUCAAGUUGAAAUGCCCAUACAUGUUUAUCACACCAUGUGUACAUGUGUAUCACACCAUGUGUACAUUGUGUCACAUGUAAUAUUAUAAUGCAGUCUCAUAGUUAGAUAGAUAUACUAAAAAUAACCACUAGAUUUAAAGAGACUGAACUAAGAUAUCACUAAUGUCCUUUCCAGUUGAUGUCCUUUUUAAGAUAAUUAUUUGCUACACUUUAAUAAUGAUAGCUUACCAAGUAAAAUCAUUUAAAAUCUUGUGAUAUUAUUCAUUAUGAUAUUGCUGUAUUAAGAUGUUUGAAUAUUAUUCAAAACAAUAUUAAAGAAAUCGGAUUAUUUAUGUUGCAAUACUUUGAACACUCUUAUAAUGAGAAGUAUUACAUACAUUUACUAGUUACUCAAAUUCCCCUGUAAGCAAAUGCAUAAAAUAUCAAAUAUUUUUACAAAAUAAAUACAUUAAAAUAUUUGGGCUACAGUAUAUUGUGGUACGUCACAUGUUGGUUUGGGCGAUCAACAGCCAAUGAGAAUUAGAGUUGGUGAAUAUUAGACCAACAUCCAUUCAGUGCCGUGUCGAGUUCAGUGAUGAAGUUAACCUUCCCAGCGGAGGGUGAUUUUUUUGUACAUGAAAUUUUUUAAAUACCUUCAACAAUCCCCCAAUAAUCCCUGUAUCCUGACAUGACGCUGUUUUUUAUCGUUCCGGAGGAAUCGGAGUUAUGUGUCGGUUUAUCUGCCUGCUAAACCCAUGAUAAUGUUGAAGUGCUCGAUACUGUAUCUCUGCAUCUUUUUCUAUCUUCUCGAUGUUGUACCUUUUCUUAAAUUUCCGACUGUGACGAUGUUUGUAGUAAAUAGACGACUGUACUUUUGAGUCCUAAGAGAAAUCUAAAGUAGAAAUUAGAUAAACUAUAGUGGUUCUGUGUUUGAAAAGAUAAACAGAGAAAAACGUCUUACAGUUCCCUCUUUGCGGAGUAGUUUGUAAAUGUUGGGUGUACUAUUCUCUUCUAUGAUGGUUGUUCUGAUGGUAUCAUUUGUAUUUCUGUACACACUUUGGUGAUCCUGUCAUUACUUGGUUUUAUAAACCACGCUUAUUUUUAAAUCCUG